AUGAACGGCCUCCUCUUUCUCGCUACCAUCAGUCUGCUGGUUGCGGUUCAGAUACAAAUGGGUGUCUUGGAAGAUAAUAAUACCGACGUGGCCACCCCUGCUCGUCCUGGUCCUGGUCCUGGUCCUGCUCCUGUGACUACCAAGGAGGGAUCCCAAAAAACUUCUGUGGCCAAAAAAACCCCUGCAAAACCCCCAAAGGGUGGGGCCUCCUCACUCAUCGAUGUGGGUCCCUGCAGUUUCUUCUUCUUCGCCAACACCUUAAUGUGCCUCCUCUACCUCGGCUGAGGUGAUGAUGUUGCUUCUAUAGCCCUGUGCUCCUCAAACUGCUGCCACCAUCAGUAGCAAG